CAUGGAAUCAAUCCCCUUCAUGGCCCUACAAAACUAUUUCUCUCCAGUUUCCGCUCCCUAAUUUCCAUUUCCACCACCCGCCGCCUUCCUUCGCAAACAAUAAUGGCUUACUCUUGUUCUUUGUUCCACUCCUCUCUCGCCUCCAAAUCCAACUUCCCGUUGCUGCACCAUCGGAACCACCCCAAGUUCAACCGCCCCGCGCCUAUCGUCAUCUCAUGCUCCUCCUCCUCCACAUUCGAUCCUUCUUCAACCACUAGUUCCUCCAAUAACAACACCCCUUCACCCCAAAAGAACCGUCGCCUUGCCGAUGAGAAUAUCCGUGACGAGGCUCGACGCCACCGCUCCACCGCCAAGAACACCCUCUCCGCCAAAUAUGUUCCGUUCAACGCCGGUCCCGACUGCACCGAGUCCUACUCCCUCGACGAGAUCGUUUACCGGAGUCGUUCCGGUGGAUUGCUCGAUGUUCAACACGACAUGGAGGCUUUGAAGAAGUUCGACGGCGCGUAUUGGAGGGAGUUAUUCGAUUCGCGGGUGGGGAAAACAACGUGGCCGUAUGGGUCUGGAGUUUGGUCCAAAAAGGAAUGGGUUUUACCCGAGAUUGACCCCGAUGACAUCGUUUCGGCUUUCGAAGGGAACUCCAAUCUGUUCUGGGCGGAACGGUUUGGGAAACAGUUUUUGGGGAUGAACGAUUUGUGGGUUAAACACUGUGGAAUCAGCCACACUGGCAGUUUCAAGGAUCUGGGUAUGACCGUUUUGGUCAGUCAAGUUAAUCGACUCCGAAAACUGAAACGACCCGUCGUUGGAGUGGGCUGCGCUUCCACUGGUGACACAUCAGCUGCCUUAUCCGCUUAUUGCGCUGCCGCGGGUAUUCCUUCCAUUGUCUUUUUACCUGCGAAUAAGAUCUCCAUUGCACAAUUAGUUCAACCCAUUGCGAACGGCGCGUUCGUUUUGAGCAUUGACACCGAUUUCGACGGUUGCAUGAAAUUAAUCCGGGAAGUUACCGCCGAGCUACCAAUUUACCUUGCCAAUUCAUUGAACAGUUUAAGACUCGAAGGGCAGAAAACGGCUGCGAUUGAGAUUUUACAGCAGUUUGAUUGGGAAGUUCCAGAUUGGGUUAUUGUUCCUGGUGGUAAUUUGGGUAAUAUUUAUGCUUUUUACAAAGGGUUUAAAAUGUGUCAAGAACUAGGGCUUGUUGAUAGGAUACCUAGAUUGGUUUGUGCCCAAGCAGCCAAUGCCAAUCCACUUUAUCUGUAUUUUAAAUCUGAGUGGAAUGAGUUCAAGGCAGUCAAGGCAAAUACUACAUUUGCCUCAGCUAUUCAAAUUGGUGACCCUGUUUCUAUUGAUAGAGCCGUGUACGCUUUGAAAAAUUCAAAUGGGAUUGUCGAGGAAGCGACUGAGGAGGAGUUAAUGGAUGCAAUGGCACAGGCGGAUUCUACAGGAAUGUUCAUUUGCCCUCAUACUGGAGUCGCAUUGACUGCUUUAAUGAAGCUUAGGAAAAGUGGGGUUAUCGGAGCUGGAGACAGAACUGUUGUGGUUAGUACAGCUCAUGGAUUGAAGUUUACACAGUCCAAGGUUGACUACCACUCGAAGGAGAUUCCGGAUAUGGCUUGCCAGUUUGCUAACCCGCCGAUGCAAGUGAGGGCGGAUUUUGGUUCUGUUAUGGAUGUGCUGAUGAAGUAUUUGGGAGAUAAAUCACCAAAGCACUAGGUGCUGCAUUUUGUAAGUUUAGCAGUUUGUACUCUGAGAUUUAUGCUUUGGUUUUAAUUUUAGUUGUUGCCUUGCUUUUUCAUUUUGUGGUAUACAAAUCUCGAUCUAGAUUGCCCUAGUUUAGAAAUCAUCUGUCAGCCACGUUAAUAAUCUAAACUUGUAUGAGAUUUAUAUUACUGUUGCAUCAAUUUCUUGUUCAAUAAAAGGUUUGUAUAUGUGACAUUUA